UAACGAAGACAUCAGCAAAGCACAUUUAGAAGAAUCAGGAAGUGCUAUCAUAUUUCACUACGGCACUAUUAAGAUAUACAAUCAAGUGACCAAGAUUUACCCACAUGGCUGUAACAACCACUUUUACAGUUUUUGAGCUGAAUGAUACAAUAGAUCUUGGGAAUUCCACAGACAACUUAAACGACACAGAGGAAACCUUCUGUGCAGAGGAUGAGGGGAUCGGCCUGCAGACCAUUCGUGUCGUGUUCAAGCCCCUGCUGUACAGCUUGAUCUUUCUGCUGGGUAUGGCAGGGAAUGGCCUGAUGAUGACUGUCCUCCUGAGACGCUGGCGCCUCCUGCGCAUCACUGAGAUCUACCUGAUGCACCUCGCCCUGGCUGACCUCAUGCUCCUUAUUACAUUUCCUAUUGAUAUAGUUGACAGUAUCAAAGGUUGGCUGUUUGGGGAGUUCCUCUGCAGGCUGACAGGCCUGAUGAGAAAUCUUAACCUCCACUGUGGGUGUUUCCUUCUUGCGUGCAUUGGGUUUGAUCGCUAUUUGGCUAUUGUUCAUGCUAUUCCUAGUAUGCAGAGCCGACGUCCAAGAACGGUGCACCAAACAUGCAUUUUGUUAUGGCUGGUGUGUUUUGGUUUAUCAAUACCUAAUGUUGUGUUUCUUUCUGUAGAAGACACACAUGCACACAGACUCUCCUGCUCCUAUCAUCUUCAUGGUAUAAAUGCAAACAACUGGGUUUUGGCCAGCAGAGUCUUUGAUCAUGUGUGUUUUUUCCUACCUCUGGCUGUCAUGAGCUAUUGUUACACGGCAGUGGUGGUUACUUUGCGCAGCAGUCAAAGAAGCCAUGCAAAAAAAGGAGCAAUUCGACUGGCUUUACUUGUCACUCUUGCGUUUUUCUACUGUUGGCUACCUUAUAAUAUCACCUUACUGAUAAAAACGAUGGUAGACCUGAAAUUAAUUGAAACCUGUGAACUUUCUGUCCAACUGCUAUCAGCCCUUGAUGUGACAAAGGGACUGGGAUUCUCACACUGCUACCUGAACCCUUUCUUGUAUGCCUUUGUGGGAGUGCGGUUCCGCAAAGACUUAAUACAAUUACUUUAUAAGCUGGGCUGCAGCCGCGUUUGCCUGCCUUUCAUCAGAGCUCAGGGUCACAGUCGACCGUCCAUUUCUGAUGGAGCAACAACCAGCAGCACCAUCCUCAUCUAAUUAACUCUUGUACUACAUCAGCUGUAAUUAAAUGCCUUUGUUCUCUUCUUCAGCAUUUCUUUUGGAAUUAUUUUUUAAAUUUUAUCAGAUGUUUUGACAUUAUAACACCCAUUACAACUUUAUGAUUGCAUUUAAAAUAUGUCUUAUUUACCCAGUCAAGGAAAAAAAAUUCUUGUUGCAUGGAAUCGGUUUUUGUUUGUAUUUUAGCUUCUGCUGCUUGAAUUUAAUAAAGAUGUCAUUAUAUUACACAGCCACUGUGUCCCUUUGUCAAUGUUAUUAAACAACAAUAAUUGACAACACAAUAACCAAAACUAAAACCACCUUAGAGAUCAGUAUUAUUCUAUUUUUAGACUUCUAUUAAAACACUGUUAUACAGAACAACUGCAAACAAUCACAAAUUGCAUCUUAUAUACAGCAAGUAUAUAUUAUAUAUAAUUCCUUUGCACAACAGUUUGGUAGUUGGAGAAAAUAAAUCAAUGAUAUUAAAACAAAUAGAAAUUUGAGGCACUCCUCUCCCGACUGCCACUCUGUUCCCAUGACAAGUACACACAUCUUUGAAAUAUACAUAUUUUACAGUAUUUUAGAAAAUGGCUUCAGAUUUGUUAUUGAACUGUGUUACAGUGCUUUUAAAUAUUCAAUUUUAACUAGCUGUAUUCCAAAAUUUAAAGAUUAUCAUUGGAUAUAUUGUUUUUACAGUUCCUCUUUUCAAAUAACUGCAAGAAUAAUGAAAAAAAUCAGACACAAUGGGAAGGUGACCUAGUGGACAUGUUUUUUGUGUUUUGUUUUU